UUGCUCCCAAAAGGUGAAAGGUUGAGGUGGGAAAGCAACAACAAGUGAUGUCAGUGGAUGAGGCCAGUUGAAGGCAGCAGAAUCUGGAGCAGCUGCCUGCAGUGUCUUGUCUCAGUGGACCAUCCUCCUCAUCUUCUUCAUCCUCUCUUCUCUCUUCUCAUCUCUCCAUCAUCAUGCCUGACCAACCAAAGGAGAACAUAUUUCUUUUUGUCCCCAACCUAAUAGGUUAUGGCCGCAUCAUCCUGGCAUUGGUAGCCUUUUAUUACAUGCCAUACGACCCCAUUAUUGGCUCCAUAUGCUACAUCACAAGUGGCAUGUUAGAUGCUGUGGAUGGGUAUGCUGCACGCUCACUCAACCAAUCGAGUCGUGUUGGAGCCAUGCUGGACCAGCUGACAGACCGUGUGGGGACCUGCGGGCUGCUGAUGGUGCUGUGCAUGCUGUACCCGCGCUGGGCCAUCCUGUUCCAGAUCAGCACAGCGCUGGACAUCACCAGCCACUGGAUCCACUUUUAUAGUAGUACAUCUCUGCUGAAGUCUGCCAGCCACAAGACUGUAGAUUAUGGGAGCUCUAUUCUGAAGCUCUACUAUACUUCACGGCCGUUGCUGUUCUUCAUGUGUCUGGGGAAUGAGACCUGCUACACCAUGCUGUAUCUGUGCUUCUUCACUCCGGGACCAUUUGUGCUGCCAUUCCUGGACAUGGGACUGUUUGACCUGCUGUUCUUCGUGUCCCUGCCCAUUGCCAUCGCCAAGUCCUUCUGCAGCUGGCUGCAGCUGAAGGGAGCCAUGUGUGCCAUCGCUGAUGUGGACGUGGAAGAGAGAAAACAACUCAAAAAGGAGUAGGAACCAUUUAGAGAAAGAUUUUGAUCCCAUUUUAGCUCACUGAAUAGCUAUUCUUCCACUGGUUGUGACAGAGAAGACAGAUGCUAUGUACAGUAUUUACAGGUUCAUUGUACCAGGGAAAUUCCUCUUAUUCAACAAGCACAUGCAGUGGACCACACCUUAAUGUCCUGUCCUAAGGACUAUGACCCUUUCCAGUAGCUUGCAUGUCGGGUGAACACAGCCGGGAUUCAAACUCCCAACCUCUUGGUCCAGAGGCAGGGUCGAGGGUUGUGUCCUGAUUAUAUGGAUGACAUUGCAGAUGUGGUAGAAUGCCUUUAUUUCUGUCACAAUAAUUUUGUAAGUAUUUUCUUGGCCCAAUGUUUUUUUCUUGUUGCAUCAGUUUUGAGGAGCCCAGAGUAUGUCAUCUAUAUAAUCAAACCAGUAUGGCCUUACACUUAAAAACUCCAAAAGAGACUUUUGAAAAAUUUAUGAUAACUUCAGGCCAGGACUGGUUUCUAAAUAGAAUGAAAGGCCUAAAUUAUAACAAUCAUUGUGUAAUCAUUGUGUAUCAGUGAUGUAGCAUACAAUGUAUUAAGAACGUACAUAUCUCUUGUAAAAUGUUAAAAUAAAUAUAUAGUAACUGUUAUUCUAGAGGAAAGAGGCUAUUAAGAAAAUGUAUUUUCCAGACUCUGAAUGCCUAUACAUCUAGUCUAAUAACUUUUGGGUGCAGUUCUGUCAUAAAAGCUGUAUUAGGUGUAUAAAACAAUUAGGAAGUGGGUUAUUGUAUGGUAUGUGUACUUUUGCCUGUGCAUUUAUUUCAAGGU